AUGACCACGUUUCAGUUACACGAACAGUUAAAAGCAAUAAAGAAUAAUCAGUCACCUUUAACAGAUGUACGACUAUUUUCUGUUGAAGUAUAUACUCUAAUAUAUGAUAAUAAUAGGUAUCAGUAUGAAGGUCAGCUGAAAAAUGGUCUAAGACAUGGUGAAGGCCGAUGUAUUUAUCGACGUUCUGAAUGCAUCGAAUGGAUAGGUCAGUGGAUUGAUAAUAUGUGGCACCUGGGAACUGUUAAAUGGAAAUCGAAUGUCAUUGAUUCUGGUAGAUGGACAGGCGACAAUGCGAAAGGUUCAUUCAACAGUAACAGCGGUUAUAGCUUUCAUGGUGAAUGGGUUGAUCCUGCUAUUCUUCAUGGACAAGGAAUUGAUAUUCAAUCCGAUGGUACACGUUACGAAGGCAUGUUUAGGUAUGGUUAUAAAUGUGGUUAUGGUGAAGUUACAUACGCUGAUGGCAGUCAAUACGGGGGAAUAUGGCAUGCAGGUAAACUAUGUAUAAAACAGUUAGAUAUGACCGAAUUAUUAACAAUGAUGAAACAACAAACUAACGAAAUGAGGAAAUCGACCCUCUUUUCUAACACAUUACAUCUGAUAAAGACACUUAAAUAUUUUGUUCAUGGACAGAUAACUCAUUAUACGCAUUAUACAGAAGAAUCAUAUAUGUUAAAAAUGUUUUUGGAGACAAUAGUCGACGAAGUGCUUCCAGAAUAUGUUAAUAUAUUUAUAAAUGAUUUUGUUCCAUAUACCAAAAAAUACCAGUGGAACAUACUCAUUAUUGCAGCAAGAAAUGGUUACUAUAAGGUUGUCAAACGAUUACUUCAAAAGUUUAAUGUGAAUAUUGAAAUAGAAGCAAGUGUAGACUAUGAUGGUCUUCUUGUAGAGGGCGCCUCUCCUCUAUGGUGUGCAGCUGCAUCUGGCUACAUGAAUAUUGUUAAAUUAUUGAUGGAUCAUGGUGCACAAGUUAAUCAUCUCACCAGAAAUCAUUCUACACCGUUGAUGGCAGCGUGUUUUGACGGCAAUUUCGACAUCGUGAAAUAUUUAGUUGAGAAUGGAGCAAUAUUGGACAUAAAAAAUAUAUCACAUGGACAUUCGAGUUUAAUGCUGGCUAGCUAUACAGGUUGUGUUGCUGCCGUCGACUAUCUGCUGAAAAAGGGAGCGAAUGUAAAUCUAAUAGAUAAAAAUGGGAAUGGAGCUGUUUCAGUUAAACAUUCAGCCGGCUUGACACCUUUGAUGACGGCUGCUAUUCAAUCUUAUUCAUCGAUUGUUGAUUAUCUGGCUGAAAGUAGCGCAACCGUGGAAUCGAUUGAAGCGUAUAAACUUUUAGCCACAACUUACUGCAACAAAAGCUCAGAAGAUUUGGUUAAAAAUGUCCCGUCAUCGAUAGAAGCGUAUCAAAAUCAUGUCGAAUGUCAAACACUACAAGAUGUUGAAAAAAUACGUCAUAACGCGGAUGCUUUACACAUGCAAUGUUUAAUAAUUCAAGAACGAAUAUUGGGUAUUAAGAGUGAUACAUUAUAUAAUUCGAUUAGAUAUUCCGGCGCUGUUUAUGCUGCUGAGAAAAAGUAUGAUCGUUGUAUACUAUUAUGGAUGAGAUCAAACGAACUACUGAAAGGAGUCAAUAAAUGUCUUGGUUAUGAUUUGAAACUGUUUGCUCAACUAUUAGGCGAAAUGAUUUUUAAUAAUGUUGAAGUUGCCACAAAAUUAUUAGAGUAUAUAGUAAUCAACUGUAAGCAACAAUUGAUAACAGUAAAAAUGGUAUCAAACGAUCAUAACAGUAAUAUUCAUGCCCUAUUAUACAUGUGUACUCUGAUUGUAAAAGUAACGUCUUGA